AUGAGUGCGGAGGAGAGACUGGGCGCUGGAUGGCUUAAGUGGUUAGAGCGCCAAUUUACUGACCGAAAGGUUCAUGAUUCGAACCCGACCUCAAACUCUCGACUUCCCCUAUCUAGGCUUGGGCAACCUGGCAGUGUCCCAGCUCUCGUGCUUCCUUCGGGUAGCAUGGCAGCUUGGCACAGCUGA